AGAGGUAAGCUUAAUACCUUGGACAGUUCAAAUGGAGUUAGGCUUUUCACUGCUUUAUCCAUUCCUCUCAUCUGAUGUUUUUGCGCUCUGCAAUGCCGUUCGACUAUCCUACUGUUUUUGAGUUAUUUGCCUUUUCUCGGCUGUCAGCUCUUAUGCAUGGUUUCUAAUUUGCUGUCAGUUUUCAACCCUUGUUGCUGGGCCGAUUGUUAGUAUUGACAUGCCAAACCUAAGCAGCCUGGGCAAGAUCUGUGGCUCCAGUCGAGGCGAUGAUAUGGUGGUGAUGGAUAAGGCCAUGCGCAAGAAUUCGGUGAGGCGCAUGUCGAUCAUUGAGGACAAUCAGAUUGCUGAGGUUCUCUACCUGAUUCCGAAACAAUCAAUGAUGGAUCAGCUUCCCUUCCUGAACCCCAAUGACUAUCUGGUUUGUGAGCGGAUGGUUGGCAUGCCGCCGGACAUGGAAUUAAUGGGACCAGUGGCCCAUGUUCAAGACCCUCACCGCCCUGCAGAGAAGCUGGUCAUCCAGUGCUACAAAUGUGGAGAAUCAUGCAAGGGAGAGGUUUUGCGGGUCCAGUCCAAACACUUCCAUCUCAAGUGCUUUACCUGCAAGGUGUGUGGCUGCGACCUGGCUCAGGGAGGUUUCUUCAUGAAGAACGGGGACUACCUGUGUACAUUGGACUACCAGCGACUCCAUGGCACACGUUGCAACGGCUGUGGGGACUUUGUGGAGGGAGAGGUUGUCACUGCUCUGGGCAAGACCUACCAUCCAGCCUGUUUUGUCUGCACCAUCUGCAAACGACCCUUUCCUGCUGGAGACCGUGUCACCUUUAAUGGGAAAGACUGUCUCUGUCAACGUUGCAUCCAACCCCUGUCUCCAACACCCAAAGACGUCAGCAGCUCCAGCAACUGUGCAGGCUGUGGUAGGGACAUUAAGAAUGGCCAGGCCCUACUUGCACUGGACAGACAAUGGCACCUGGGCUGCUUCAAGUGUAAUGCAUGUGGCAAAGUGCUGAGUGGGGAGUACAUCAGCAAAGAUGGUGCCCCUUACUGUGAGAAAGAUUACCAGAUCCAUUUUGGAGUCCAGUGUGAGGCCUGUAAUCAGUUCAUCACUGGGAAGGUUCUAGAGGCAGGGGACAAGCACUACCACCCCAGUUGUGCAAGAUGCAGCAGAUGCAACCAGAUGUUUACGGAAGGAGAGGAAAUGUACCUGCAAGGAUCUACAGUGUGGCAUCCAGACUGUAAGAACAAUAGCAGAGCUGAAGAGAAAUACAGGCCGACAAGGACCUCAUCUGAGAGCAUCUGCUCAAGACCUGGUUCCAGCAUCCCAGGGUCCCCCGGUCACACUAUCUAUGCAAAAGUAGACAAUGAAAUCAUUGAUUACAGAGACCUAGCUGCCAUCCCAAGGGUCAAGGCCAUUUAUGACAUAGAGCGUCCAGAUAUGAUAUCCUACGCGACUCUCCACUCCAACUCCUCUACCCUGGACCACAGAGCGGACAGACAGGACAGACAUAGCCAUGCAGAGAAUUUCGCACCAAGACGAGGCCUAUCCCCCUUACCCAACUUGCAUUCUCCCAGGACACUGUCUCCUACUCCCUCUGCAGAGGGGUGUUAUGAUACAAGGGACCGCAUUAUAAUGCAGAGAUCGACUAGCCAGGGAUCCAUUGGGUCCCCAGCAACUUACAACCGCCAUAACUAUACUCCAACGCUGUCCAGGUCACCGCAACACUUCCACCGCCCAGGCAUGCCGAAGCUCUCUUCCUCUUUGCGCACAGGCCCAAUUGACACCCGCCCCACUUCCCCUUUCCGCCACCACUUCCUCCCUCACACCAAAGGCACUGAUCCAUCCAGUAAUCGGAGCUCCCCUCUCUCUUGGCCGGUCACCCCGACCCUCUCUUUGACCCCUAAACAUUACCACAUCCCAGAUCAAGGAGUCAAUAUGUAUAGGAAGCCUCCAAUAUACAAGCAACACGAUUCAGCUGCCAUGGCAGCCCAAAGCAAGUCUGCUGAUGCCAUCAUCAAAUCGGCCAAGUUUCCUGCGGCCCACGCUCCUGGACUGGACGAAAAGCCAAAGAUUGAGACUGUCUACUGGCCGUGCCCACCAUCUCUCGCUGCCUUAGGAUCAGAUGGGAGGAGUUGUUUGCGGGACGAGGAAGAAGAAGAGUAUCAAAAACGUAGACAGAUCCAGGAGGAACACCUUGGUAAAAUCCAGUCUGGUUUAGGAAAGCUGAUCCUGAAGGAGGAGCGGGAGAAAGACAUGAACAGAGAGCGAUAUUCUUCUCGUAAUGUCCCUGCACAGCACUCAGACUCUCAGUUCUCCAACUGCACAACUGAUCCCAAUUCCCCAACAUGCAAAACAUCUUCUCUGCCUGGCUAUGGACGGAAUGGCCUACAUAGGCCCCUUUCGUCGGAGUUCACCCAGUACAACAGCUAUGGGGACGUGUGUGGACGAGUGAGAGAUUUUAAGCCCAUGCAAGAUGGCCAACGUCCAUUAGCACGAAUGGACAGAGGAGUGUCUAUGCCUAAUAUGUUGGAACCAAAAGUGUUCCCAUACGAAUUGCUCACUAUCACCAACAGAGGGCGUGCUAAGUUUCCUAGGGAUGUUGACAGGACAAGACUUGAGCGCCACCUGGCCCCGGAGUUGUUCUUUGACAUCUUUGGGAUGGAGAUCCAGGAGUUUGACAGACUUCCUCUCUGGAAGCGUAAUGACAUGAAGAAGAAAGCCAAGCUCUUCUAACCGCUUGUCUGUCCUCGCAUGUUUUAAUUUAUAUAUCACAGUGACUCCAAUGAUGUAAUACAAAUGUAGAGUUCUGAUAUGAGUAGUUUGUUAUUUUUUCUGUUUGCCUCUGAUAGUGAUUUUUUUCCCUUGACAAAGGAUAAAACCACCUUUUGUCAGCAAUAUUUGUUUGGCUCUUUUGAUAAUAUGAGAUCAUAUUUGAACUUCUAACAGUUGAAAAAGAGAAGAAUAAUCAGAGCAAAACAAUGGGAUUAGCGUGCUUGUUUAAUGAAAAUAAUUAUUCUUCCUUAUAUCAUUCUUCCCUGUUCUCCAUCUAAGAAGACUGUUAUUUUAGUAUUGAGGACCAUGAUGCAUCUACAGGGUCUUUCCUCUCUUACAGGCAAAGGUACUGCCUGUGUGUGUGUGUGCAUGUGUGUGUGAGGCUAGACAAUGGUAGAGUGGAUAUAUGGUGCCCACAAGUCUGUUAGUUCCUACACGUAAAUCUCAAUGAAGAAGCCUGGGCAUGUUAUCACAGCAAAAUGUUUACUAGGACUGAUUUCUAUUUAUCUAUUCUUUGGUUUUGAAAGUUUUCCAUGUAUGAGGUGCACCAGUGAUUUUAUUGGAAAGAAACCCGUAACUCAUGCAAGUCAGACAUGAGCUAUAUCUGUUUAGAUUAUGCUUAUUUCUUCUUUAGAUAAUACUGACUUGUUGCACAUUUCCCCUGCCUCUGUCACUACAAAUACUGCCUGAAAAUACUCUUCCUCUGUAGCGAUUUUCUUAUCCUGACAAUCUAUACCUUUGUGACCAUUUCUUGGUCAUACAUGCAAUAUGUAUAAAAGCAGCAUAUCACUUUGAAUAAAGCUACAUUUGAGACACUA